ACUUUCGUCUUUCAAAUGUUAGUUAAAGAAACCCUUCCCGCCAAUCCAUAUCCAUCCAACUCCAGAGCUCUAUACAAACAGCUCGUUUCCCUUCUUCAGAACCGCAAGAUCGUCAAAAAACUUUCCCAAAUCCACACUCAGAUCAUCACUAAUGGGUUUUCCCAGAAAAAUUACAUCCUAGCUCACCUUCUUUCAUUAUAUGCUACUUCAAGUAAUCUCCAACAGGCGUUUAAACUGUUUGGAACUAUCGAAAAACCAAGUACUACAGUCUGGAACCAGAUCAUCAGAGGGUUUUCUAGGACUUCAAUCCCUGAAAGAUCAUUUGAGUUGUACAAGAAGAUGGUUGCAACGGGGGAGAUUUCAGAUGGGUUUACUUAUUCAUAUGUUUUGAGUGCUUGCGCGAGGUCGGGGAUGGUGAGAGAAGGGGAGCAGAUUCACGGGAGAGUUUUGCUUCAUGGGUAUUGCUCCAAUGUGUUUGUGAGAACAAAUUUGAUUAAUUUGUAUGCAGUUGCUGGCGGUGGUGAUGACACUGGUUAUGCACGUAAAGUGUUUGAUGAAAUGGGAGAGAGAAAUGCGGUGAGUUGGAAUUCGUUGUUGGCUGGCUAUAUUAGGUGUGGAAAUCUUGAUAUGGCCAGUAGAGUUUUUGAUGAGAUGCCAGAGAAGAAUGUGGUAUCGUUUACGACGAUGAUUGCUGGGUUUGCUAAGAAUGGGAAGUGUAGGCAAGCUCUUUGCUUUUUUAAUCAGAUGAGGAGAGCUCGUGUGGAACCGGAUCAGGUAGCGUUAAUGGCGGCAUUAUCGGCCUGUGCCGAAUUGGGUGAUUUGGAACUGGGGAAAUGGAUUCACUCAUACAUCGAAGAGACGGCUCUGUUUCGAAACCAGCGAUUGUUGGUGUCUUUGAACAAUUCACUCAUACACAUGUAUGCUAGUUGUGGUUUGAUUGAGGAAGCUUAUGAAGUUCUCCGAUACAUACCGGAAAGAAGUACGGUUUCUUGGACAAAUAUGAUCACGGGCUUAGCGAAGCACGGUUUCGCUCAAGAAGCUAUUUCUCUAUUUGAAUGUAUGAUCAGCUUGGGGGAGAGGGGAGUCAAACCAGAUGAAAUAACCUACAUAGGAGUUCUCUUUGCUUGUAGUCAUGCCGGAUUAGUCGAGGAGGGUCGGCAUUAUUUUACGCAAAUGACUGGACAUUGUGGAAUUACGCCCAGGAUUGAGCACUAUUGCUGCAUGGUUGAUCUUCUCAGCCGUGCUGGUUUCUUGGAUGAAGCAUUGAAUCUUAUCGAAACCAUACCCGUAAAACCAAACGAUGCAGUAUGGGGUGCCCUACUCGGCGGUUGUAGGAUUCACAAGAAUGUUGAUCUUGCUUCUCGAGUAGCCCAAAAGUUUGAUGUCGAGCUUGAUCCCGACUAUGCUGCGGGGUAUCUCACGCUGUUGUCAAAUGUAUAUGCUACCGGAAGGAGGUGGCACGACGUUGCUAAUGUGAGGCAAAAAAUGAUUGAAUCGGGAAUGAAAAAGCCCGCAGGUCGGAGUUGGGUUCAAAUUGAUGGAGUUAUCCAUCAUUUCCAGGCAAGCGACAGCAGCAGCAGGAAACACACAUCUUCUAUCUACGAAAUCCUAUGGCAAGUCACUAGACAGGCAAAGCACGAAGGCUACACGCCAGACCUAUCCGAAGCGAUGUAAGUUGUCGAGUAAUAUGUAAGGGCUCUGAGAAUUCAGUGUUAUU